CGGCAUACAAAUUGGCAUGUCAUACAGUGUGUCCCUCUGGUGCUCUUCAGUUCGGGGAUCCUACUAGUUAAAAUGGUGAAGGAAACUGAGGCACUUGAGUGGGUAAAGUUGAAAUGUCAUCUUAGUUAUAAAGUCAUUAAAGUAGUGUGUGAGCCCAUGUCACCGGUGAGUCAGGUAGUGUAAAAAGACAAUACAGCAAGUUGUGUUGUGUAAAUAGUAAAGUGAUCUGGGCACUCUGAAAGUUUUGUUUUGGAAACUGUGGAAGCUUACGCAGAAGGGAGGGAGUGGCCUAGUAUGACAGUGACCAGUGGUGAGCGUAUAUAACUCUCUGUGCUUAACUUAAGGCAAAAAGUUAGUGACAGCUCACGAUGGCAGUCUGGACUGGAUGGAUACUGAUGGUGUGUGCAGUCCUCACAGGGCAAGGGUCAAAGGCUCAGGAUUGUGGGCUGGCACCUCUGAACAAAAGGAUAGUGGGUGGUGUGAAUGCCACAGCUGGAGCAUGGCCCUGGCAGGUCAGCGUGCACUUCAGUAUCCCGGGGUUAGACCAACACAUCUGUGGAGGGACCCUGAUCAGUGACCAGUGGGUACUCACAGCAGCCCACUGCAUCAUAACAAAAUCAACUAGUCCAUGGAUUCUCUACUUCGGAAGAGUGACUCAGUCUGGCCCUAAUGUUCAUGAUGUGAACCGCACCGUGUCCCAGAUCAUCGUCCAUCCUGACUACAACAAUGUGCCGUUUAACAAUGACAUUGCCCUAAUGAAGCUCAGCAACCCUGUCCAUUUCACUGACUACAUCAGCCCUGUCUGCUUGGCAAGUGAACCCAGCCAGUUUCUCGACUCCACCCCCUGCUGGGCCACUGGAUGGGGCAGACUUGGAAAGGAUGAGCCCAACCUAGCCUUUGACUCACUGCAGGAGGUUCAGAUUCCUGUCAUUGGAGAAAAGCAGUGCAGUUUCAACUACCAACAACAAAUCAAUAUCACUGACAAAAUGAUUUGUGCAGGACAAGAGAACAAAGGAGCAUGCCAGGGGGAUUCCGGUGGACCUUUGCAAUGCAAACAAUCCUCAAUGUGGAUCCAGGCUGGCAUUACCAGUUUUGGAAUACCUUGUGCCCUAGCUGGUUUUCCUGAGGUUUAUGCCCGAGUGUCUGAGUUCCAGACCUGGAUCAUGGAUCAAGUGGCAGGCGCGAAUGUUCACUUUGUGACAUUCAGCUCAGUCUCCACAGCAGCUCCAAACACGACUUCCACAGCAUCAACCGUUGCUAUAUUGGUUGCCAUCUUAGUGACACUGUUCCUGCAGCACAUUUUUGCUCCAUAGCAGUUUUGUACUAACAACUUCUCAAUUUCUACUCUGUAGUGGUGGGUUCUCUUUUUGUCUCUGUUGAAAUUAUGUUUUGCUUUGCAUCCUAUUUAAAUGUAACACAGCUUCAUUUAACAUAUACCUGUGAAAACAAUAAUUUUUAUAAAUAAUGGUAUGAACCCAUUCAUGUUAUCAGUUGCACCACAAUGCACUUAAAAUUAAAGCCAAUACAGUAAUAAGCAUGGUCUGUUUUUCUCGGUCACAAUGGGUUAAGAUGCAAAAACUCCAAACCAAGUCUAGAUCUAAAAGUAAAGAAAUUGUUGGAUUUAGUCUCAAUUGGUAUUACUGAGGAUAAAUUAAUGACUUGGCAUUACAUAUAAUGGUGAAAGAAAUAUUCAGAUCAUUGAUACAAAACAUUACAAGCAAAAGUGAUGUUCUAAAUUUUACUUGAUCAUUUAAAUAGCAGCACAACAUGCUACAUACACACUCACUGAAGAGCUUGGCCCAAUUUUGGGUGUUCAAUUAUUCAUACGUGUAAUCAAUUUUUUUUCCAGUCUAAAAGACUAAGACUAAAUCUGUAAUAAUGCAUCAUAUUUCAUCAUCAUUUUAAUAAUCUUACCAUUAUAUCUCAUUCAAAAUCAGUAAUUAAACUACAGACAUUGGAUAAUUGUAAUGGGAGUAAGAGUAUGAUGUUACUGGUGUAUCAUAUCUACAUUAAAAAUGCACUAAAGGCUGAAAAA